GGACUUUGUGCACACUCUCAGUCUCACUCUCUUCACUCUUUCUGCGUGUUUGAUUAGUAGCGCGACUUUUUGGACGCUGUCGAAGUGCACUUGAGCAUUGAUGUAAACAGCUAUGUGGAGAUGGAUUUCAUGAAGCUGAUCGGAACUGUUUUGGCUGUUUGUUGUCAUCCAGGCUGCGCACUAAAAGGCUUCUCCAGUCAGCGCAUAUGUCGUCGGGGUACUGAGAGACCGUGUUAUAAGAUUGCUUACCAUCACGACAGUGGGAACAGGGUGAGUUUUGAGGAGGCCAGGAGAACAUGCAGAGAAGACGAUGGUGAGCUGAUCAGUAUUGAAACAGAAGGGGAGCAGAGGCUAAUGGAGAUGUUUAUUCGAGGCGCGCCAGGCGCUGAAGGCGACUUCUGGAUUGGACUACGAAGGAAACAAGGCUACAAAGAGUCAGGAGCUGCAGAUUGCUCAUCCCAGUAUUACUGGCUGGACCACAGCCAGGCCACCUACAGGAACUGGCAAUUGAAUACGCCCUCCUGUGGUACUGGCCAGUGUGUGGUCCUAUACUACAAACCCAGAGCUCCUGCUUCUCUGUUCAAGUGGAGUGAAAUCGGAUGCAACAGCAAAAAUAACUUCAUAUGCAAAUAUGCAGAAGAAAUCUCUGUUGUCCCCACUCCUGUUGGAAAUUCUACUGCUCGAUCAGUUUCUUUUUCAGAUGAAACCAUCAAUGUUUCCUACAUCCUCCUGGCUACCGUACCUGCACUGCUUCUGAUUAUACUGUUGGGCUCUGGGGUCUUAUGUUAUAGAGUCAUGACUAGGAAGAGAAAGGAACAAAAUGACAUCUAUGAUGUGCCUGGUCAAUGGGUGUCUGGUAGUGCCCUGAAAAACAGCAGUAGCCCAGCCUCCAAGGAUGGUCCUAGUCAGAAUAGGGCCCAGCUGGAAUACAUGAGCUCAGAAAUCAACAGAACGUUUGGUUCAACAGACUAUGAGAACGUUCCCAGUAAUACAGCUGGGUUUGUCACCAACGACAUCUACGAGACCUGUCGCACUCCAGCUACCGUGGAAGCAGGAUGGGUGGAUAAUGACAUUUAUGGAUACUGAACCUGUCCAGUGAUGGGACUAAAACUGAAUGACUUUUAACCCACCAGGCUCAAAUUCAUCUCAACGUCUUCAGGAUUUUAAUGCAAUAGUAACCCAUUGCGAGGAACAUGGGAUCCUGUAAAUGCUCGUCAACAAGGUGAUUAGUAGGCCCACUUCCCUGAAAAGGGCAGUACAAAGAACCAUACAAAGGUGUCAUCACCUCAAAUCUACUUCCUUUGUGAAAGCCGGUAUCCAGGAAGAAGAAAGUGCAUACCGGAACUGCCACAAUAAUGCUCUGACCUUUCUGCCCAUCUGAACAACGUCCUGUCCUGUCUCUAACAUUGAGAUCUACUUUGUUUUUCAGGCUGAUUAUGUAAUGGCACACCAGGUCAAAGGUAAAAUAAUGGCAGUUUUGCUUAGCAUGGAAAAUUUAAGGUGACUUAAAAAUCCUGUUUGCAGAAGCAUAAUACUGUCAGUGUUUCAUUCUUUUCCUGUUGUGCUUAAUAUUAUACUGAAUGAAAUAUCCAAAAAAUCUUUCCAUACUCGUUUUCAUAACAAAUAAGAAAAGGAUUUCCUAUUUCGGGGUUUGUGCAUAUGUAAAAAUGUAUUCUGUUGGUUAUGUUUAAUACCUGUUACACUAACUGAUAUUUUCCUCCUGAAAUUUCUCAUAAAUGUUGAUUGUAUGGUAUGCUGUUAUUUGAGUUAUCAUUCUUUUUAGACAGUUUUUACAGUAAGUGUUUACCAAGACAGCAUUUUUUCAAUAUGUUUGCAACAUUUUGCACCUCGCUAGGAUUAAACAUACAGUAUGGCAAGCUUUUAAUGAUGAACUUAUACACAUAACUCUUUUCCUUAUAAUGUUUAAGGCUAACAUUUAUAUAAUAUAAAGCAGAUGUGUUGAAUCCCAUCAUAGCAUUGUAUUACUGGCUAAUUAACAGGUUAUUGGUGCAGUAUUUGGUAUUUUGCCAUGUUAAACAUACUUCUAUUGUCUGUUAUAAAAACUGAUGUUGCAUUUUGUAAAAUACUGUUAAAAGGUACUAAAUAAAAUAAAGACAUGGA